GGGAAACGCCCGAUUGCUCUGUGCCGCUUCCGACCUUGUUGUUUCUGAGUCAGGGUCUGCGCAGAAAUACCCACAUUUGGUGUCGCAUAGUGGCGGGGCUGUUCGUCGACCGCGCGGCUUCCUGGUAGAACCGUCGUCAUCUGGCCCGAGUGCCGAGCGCAGUGAGUCAUGCAGCGCUUCCAGGUUGACGAACUUCCUGGUGUGUUACAGACCGACACUUCAGCGGACAGAAUUGUCUACCACUCCAACCCCCAGCCAACGAUCCAGAUGGAUCAAGAACGCGCACACGAUGGGCGAGCCUCCGCCGAGAACAAACAGGACACUGGCAAGUCCCUCCCUGCGGUAUUGGACACCUCUAGUCACGAACACGUCGGCAUCCUUAACCCUACUCCCGGCGACGGUGUCAUCAAUGACCCCAGCGUGAUGGUGGUCGACCGGCAGUCCUUCUGCGGAAAAGUCUGGAAGGUCAUCCUCAUCAUCCGCCUGGAGAUAUUUCUAAUGCUCUACCUAGUCUCCCGCUUCAUGACGUCGACGCCUAUUCAGGACCUCCUCAUCCAGAAGGCUUGCCGAAACACGCUGCAUUUGAACGCCUCCAUUUGCGACCACAUAGACGACUACAGUUUAGAGAAGGACAACACCGAGAAGGUGGCGAGUGUCUUCAGCAUGUACAGGGUGGUGGUGGCGCUGGCGCCGUCAGCCGUCAUCGCGAUCUUCAUCGGGCCCUGGUGCGACAAGUACGGGUACAAGGUUCCCCUGCUUGUGGCCAACGUGGGUUAUAUGAUCAGUGCUUGUAUGACCCUGGGCACAAUCUACCGCAUGGAGUUGCCGCUCUACGCCAACGUCAUAGCCUCGAUACCCGAUGGUCUCUGCGGAGGGUUGAUCUCUGUUUUCACGGCCAUCUACAGUCAAGCCACGGUGACGACUGCCAACAAGGACAGGAGGAUCAGGUUCUUCGCUUUGAGCUUGUCCCUGACCAUGAGUUCGCCGCUUGCCGGAAACUUGGGUGGGCAGCUGUACGCUAAGUAUGGCUGGAAGAUGGUGAUGUAUGUGUCUCUGGGCAUAGCGGUUGUAGCGCAGCUGUGGGCCAUCUUAGCCAUCGGACACUUGGUGAGGCCCGAACACGCGGAGGACGGUUUCCGAAAGAGGGUUAGGAACCUGUUUCAGUUGGACAAUCUUUCCGACGGUCUCAAGGCGUGUCUCAAGCCACGGCCCAACAAAGGGAAGUCUCAGCUGUGGUGCCUGUUUGGUGCUCUGUGCUGCACGGUAUUCGACAUUGCGACCAUGAGCAUCGGCUACUUCUUCGUUCGGAAGAUGUACUCCUGGAGCGUGGACUACUACGCCAAGAUCAACUCGCUGACGGCCGUCGUGUCCGGCGUGCUGAACAUGCCCAUCAUCUUCCUCUUCACCCGAGUGCUCAAGUUGACAGACCCGGCCAUGGCCGUGGUCGGAUCCUGCUUCCAAGUCGCUCAGAUGGUCAUCUUGGGCCUGGCCUUCAAGGAGUGGCUGUACUACCUCCAGGCCAUGGUGGCCGUUCCUGCCUUCCUGGCCCAGGUGGGCAUCAGGACGCACCUGUCGAAGCUGCUGGAUCAGGAUGAAGUCGGCAAGGUGUUCUCGUUCCUGGCCACCUGCGACGCCGUCCUGCCCAUCGCCGGCGAACUGAUGUACACGGCCAUCUUCAACUGGUCCAUCAGCUUCCUCCCGGGUAUGCCGUACCUGUUCACAGCCUGCAUAACCCUCAUCUCCGUCGGCUUGCUCUCAUAUGUUACCAGGAUUGAUCUACAGCAGAGGUACUGCACCAAGGUCACGAGGGACAACAUCGCCUAUGAAGAGAUGUCCAAGGCCGAUGAAUCGGUGGUCUCCGUCGGUUCUACUGCGGUCAAUUCGUAGAGCUUGGAAUAGCAGUCUGUCAGCAGCGCCAAAUCGGGAGUGCAACAACGUCGUCCCCUCGGUUUACCCAACCUCAAGCACGCGUUCGCACACUUUGACAGGACUGCGGCUGCGUUAUCAGCUGUAGCACCACAGAAGGCCGAAUGUUUAGAAGCUUAGAGGUUGCGCAACCCCAAAGGAUCCAUUAACAUUUUUGCUAGGUCAGGUCCCAUUGAUUGCGGCAGAGACAUCCUUUUCACUAGAACAGGGCCCAUUUAUUAUUACUUAAUUAUCCGCUUAAAAGAAGCCACAUUCUGGCUCUAAGGGCCGUUCAUAUUUUCAGCUCUUGCUCCAUUACAUUUACAAAACUAAACUCCGCAAUCCAUAUGGUGAUGUGUCUAAUCGGUUGUAAGCCUGUUUGUUUUGACGGUGGGCCGUAUUAACUGCCGUCUUUUUUCACGUGCCGCUAGAACAUUACUGAAGACCGAAAACCCAUGUUAGAGGCAGGAUAACUAAAAAAACAAAACGCCAUACCUGUUGUGCCACUGACUAUAAUGUGCUCCGCGAAUUUGUAGGAUUCGAUCUCUUCUGCUUGAAGCGUAAGUGACGCAAGCAAGAUUAAAGCAACAUAUUCGGAACUGAUCUAGGGCCAUACAAAGACAAGGCACCGCCAAUCUGCUUGCAGAGUGACUACACUCUAUUUGAGAGUCAGAAUGUUAGUCAGGCUUUAUUGUUAGCUAUUUAGACGAGCGUCUAGCGUCUAGAUACCUCAUCUCGGUAUUUACGCCUGAGAAUACAAAAUCAUUCGUGCGUUGAUGUGCACGAACGUCCCCUGAGGUCUAGGGGAUGAGGUUAGAUGAACGCUAGGUCGAUGCUUAGCUUGCAUGAAACGAUUUCUGCAAAGAAGUGCGACACUUCACCUGGCGACAUGCCUUCAACAGUGGACUAUAUUGGUGCAAUUACCGGUCAUUCAUUCUGAAUCGUACAAAACAUUUAUGAACUCUCGACUUUUUGCGUGUGUCCUUUUCCUUUUUCCGAAAUGUAAAUAGUGUGUUGUAGUGUUUUUUUUAGCCACCAAGGCGUGGUGCCCCUUCUGUAUUUACUAUACUAUGACUUACUUUUCGUGUCUUUACUGUAUUCUUCAGCUGUGCAUGGUUGGCCUCAGAUUUUAGUAGCUUUUCAUAACCAUUGAAAGUUGUCAUUGCUGCCUUUCAUAGUGUGUCAUAUCCUAUGUUGAGCUGGAGAACAUCGAAAGUGGCGAUUUUCAUUUUUUGUCCCUAAAGUUUUUUUCUUUUUGAGGCUUACAAAGGAUAAAGGCCAGCAAAGAAAUAACUUAUAAAGUCCUUCUUUUGGUGUUUGGUUUUGCUGGUCACAAUCUGUUUUGCCAGAAGAUCCUAUUUUUUUGUUAGCUUCAGCGCUGGUAUCUAUGGGUUAUCAUGCGCUUGACAGCGAGCAAUUGCCACAAUCGCGGAGCAAUAUUGGCGUUGGCUACCUCUUGAAACUGAGUAUUUUCUAUUUUAACAACGUGAAACGGUCCCAUACACGUGGACAGCUUCGUUGCUUGCACCAUCGUGGCAGGCUCGCAGCGCACUAAUGUUGCUCUGAAGGUACCCGGAACGCCUCAAAAGUUCAAAGACAGCCGGAAUAGAAGAAUCGCUAUGUUUUGCAGUCAUUCAUCGAAUCUCCCUCGUUUGAAUAUAGCAUCGAAAUAACACACUGAAGACUCGCUGUGCUGGCAUCUGAAACAUUUGACUUCUUCUGGUGUUUGUACCGCGGAUUUUCUCUCCCUCUCAGUGUAGAAUAUUGCGUGCUGGAAGCGAGUUUUUAUGUAAUGGGCGGCGAGGAGGACUCGAUCCGUUGGCAGUAUUCAGUGUACAUUAGUGCUUAUUCAAAUUUAGAUUUCGCGUGUGUCUAUACACACGCGACUAUACUCCCUUUCUGUGUAACUUGGUAGAGAGCGAAUGCCACGGCCUCCUGGAGCCAAUCAGAACAACAGCUUUCUACAUGACAAGUGCGCUCCGAUGCUACCUUAGGUCUGGUUCCCGCUCCGAUACUCCGAUUGACCCGCUAGGGCCCUAGCAUUCGCUAUUUGUCAAGUUGCGGUGAAACGGAGUAGAGUUAGGUUGUACUUGUAUCUAAAAUAAGAAACCACAACGACCCAUGUUUUUCCGGACGAAGCGUUUGCUCGUUUUGUUACGUUAUUGAAGCUGCAUUCGCAGCAACUUUAAUUUUUUUGACAGCUAGAGUUACAGCGCUGUGCAAUUUGGUUAUGCGCAAGGAAACGAAAAAGGUGCGUGUCCUUGGUGAAAGUAUGCCAAAGAGCAAUCAAAAAGUGCGGUUGGGGGACGCCCUUUUUCAUAUUUAGUUUGCGCUUAGUUUUUAUUUUCACCUUCCAAGUUUCGAUUGGACGGCGAGUCACAUAACUUCUUGUGCCUGUAGCGAUAAUCCGGGAGAAAUAAAUUUGGUUUAACACAUGUU